AUGUCGGCAGCAGGCCCAGCGCUCCCUCCACAUCUUCUAGCUAAGAGGAAGCGUCAGCAAGACGAGGAACAGAAAGACCAGCCCGUCACCACUUCCGGCGCAAACCAAGAAAGCCCCAAAGACAAACGCCAGAAAGUCACCGGUCCAGAACUGCCACCAUCAGCUUCGCCAGCACUAGCAGCUCCCUCACCACCUCCCUCAGUGUCACCUCCAUCUGUCGGCCCUACGUUACCACCCUCCGCUUCUCAAUCCACACGUCCUGUCGCUGGCCCCGCACCGCCGCCAGCUCCUCUCGAUGAACGACCCAGAGCACCGCUACAAGACUCAGACGACGACGACGACUCCGACGACGAUGACUUCGGCCCAGCUCUGCCUACCGCUGCCGAUUUGAAUCCUUCCACCAACAACACUGGACCCUCGGUCCCACAACCAGCAGCGCCCGUCAGAGCUCAGCGCGACGAAUGGAUGACACUACCACCCCAGCAAGACGAUCUUGCAGCUCGUAUGGAUCCAUCCAAGAUGCGCGCUCGAGGCUUCAAUACCGGCAAGAAUGCAAGAGGUGGCAACACAACUCCUGCUGGAGGAAACAUUGCCGCCGCAUGGACAGAAACACCAGAGGAGAAACUCAAGCGUCUGCAAGACGAAGCUAUGGGCGUCAAGCCAGCAGCUGCCGGACACGUCGAUGCCAAAGAGGCUGCCAGGAACCAGGAGAAAGAGGCCGAGGCAAGACGUAUUCGCGAACAGACCGUGAGUUUGCCUGCAUCUACAGCCAAAUACAUUCAAGCUGACAUGCUGCUACAGGACAAGGCAAGAGGACCAUCACUGAUGGCACAACACAAAGAGACGAACCCAGAAAAUAAAGAUGACGAUCCCAGUAAGCGCGCAUUCAACAGAGAAAAGGACAUUGGUGGAAGCUCGCUCGGUCUUGUUGACAAGAAGGACCUGCUCAACAAAGCUUCCAAUUUCGGCUCAAAGUUCUCUGGCGGUAGCUACCUGUAG